AUGAUUGUUGCUCUAUUGACGUACUUGACUUGUUGUGCAAAAGAAGGUAUACAAGUCAACUUUGUUGAUUCAGAUUAUGCUGAUUUCGAUAUUACAUACGUUAGAAAAGAAAAGAAAAGUUAUUGGCAUCGAACUUAUUACGAAGAUGUAACUUACUCAACAACUUAUCAUAAUAGAGGUUGGUUCGUUGUUUUCAGAGAGUACAUAAACAGAAAGCCAAGAAGUUUGCAUUUUGUUAAAGGAUCUAAUAAUGGCGUAGCAGAUUAUGAUGAUAUACACUUUGAAACCAUAACUAGUGUUGACCCUGUAACAGGCUAUCUGAGUUUAUGUUUUAACAUCACCAACAAUGGAGACGAACCGAAGAGAAUAGAUGUUGGUGUAUUCGCUGAUAUUCAAGUCGCAGGAAACGAUUAUGCAACAGUCAUCCCAUUAGAAAAUAGAAGAGGUUUCACAAUGACUGAUCCUGAUACUGGCAUCACUUUCACGUUAUUGGUCAAAGAUGCAUCUGGAACAACAAAUGUUGAUGCAUUUUAUUACGGUAAAUUUAACAGAAGGUGGGCAGAGAUUUAUGAUGAUUACUACAACAAUCAAGUUGUAAACUACUACCCUAAGAGGUUCCCAUACUUUAAAAACAUAACCACUACUCCAACAAACCUAGAAAACGAAGAUAGUGUAUUCGCAUUUUCUUGGCAGAAAAGAGAUAUCUAUCCAGGAAAAACUUUAAGUUAUGGAACAACUGCAGGUACAGGAUCCAACUUAAAGAGCCCACCUUUUGCCAAAUGGACAUGCGAUUUCAAAGAUAACUAUGAUCCCUAUGAAAAGGUUAC